CCGCAAUCCACAACACUUUUACACGGAACAUUCCCAUUUCGGAAAUAUCCAACACGAGAACCUUACCCAGGAAGUACAUAUAAAUUCCAAUCGCAACGACCUUACAGCAAUGCCACCACUCUCGACUCUCCUAGAAUCCAAAAGAACGCCGGUAGUCCUCGAUGGCGCGCUAGCAACCUACCUGGAGAUCCUCGGCGCGGACGUAUCAUCCGCGCUGUGGUCUGCAUCGCUUCUGCUCCACAACCCGGACCUGAUAUACAAGACCCAUCUUGAUUAUUAUCGUGCUGGUGCAAACGUCGCGAUAACGGCUUCGUAUCAGGCUUCCAUCCCUGGGAUCUUGAAACAUACGGAUCUGUCAUUGGACGAAGCGAAGGGUGUUGUUCGCAAGAGCGUGGAGCUGGCCAAGAAAGCGCGGGAUGACUAUUUGCAAGAGAUUGAAAAUUCUGGAACUGGGGCAGAGAAUGUUGAAAGGAGGAGCGAUUUGCUUGUAGCCGGGAGCGUGGGGCCGUACGGCGCCUUCCUUGCCGAUGGGAGCGAGUAUAGAGGCGAUUACUCGCUGUCGCGGAACGAGUACAAGGACUUUCACCGUGGGAGGAUAGAGGCUUUGGUUGAGGCUGGUGUAGAUGUGCUUGCUGUUGAGACUAUCCCAUCUUUCGACGAGACUUGUGCAAUUGUUGAGUUGUUAGGGGAUGAAUUCGCGGGGACAGAGGCGUGGGUAUCAUUCACAUUGAAGGAUGCUGAGCAUAUCAGCGACGGUACAACCUUAGCCCAGCUCGUCCAAACUGUGGAGAAUUCGCAGAAGAUCGUGGCGGUUGGUAUCAAUUGUGUCACCGAAGAUGUGGUUCUUGGGGCUCUGGAGACCCUACGGCCAUUAACGAGAAAGGCACUUGUCAUAUAUCCGAACUCGGGCGAGCAUUGGAAUGCCGAAACUAGGAGCUGGUACGGGGAGAGAAAUGAAGGAAAGAGCUUAGCGGAGAAAACGCACAUGUGGCGAGAUGCCGGUGCAAGAUUGAUUGGAGGAUGCUGCAGGACAACACCAGACGAUAUCAGUGUGAUAGCAAAGGCUCUGGAAUCUUCAUCAUGACAUAGGACUCGGCAGAGGGAAUUGUAGUUGAAAGAUCGAAAUAGUCUCUAGUAUUAAGAAGAAUGAGCUGACAAUUUAGUCAAUGG